CAUAACACAGCAGCCGCUGCUGUGAUUUUGCGCUGUCUAAUAUUCCAUCCAGGUGAACGACAUAAUCAAAACUCAAGCAAAACUGUCGCUCGUCAUUAAGCCGGAAAAACUUUUGUCGGCCGAAAGACAGAUUGGAGACUGACUUUUUGUUAUUUUGCACAUGCUGAUAUCUGUUGUCUAUGUCCUGAAGUUUAGUUAUUCAAAAACACGCUUUUUGUCGACCGUGAUUUGACGGUCAAGCUACUUUUUUUCCGGAGUCGAUCGCGUUCGCGACAGUAUCACUGAUAUAUGUAUUUUGGAAUCGCUGGAAAAGUUUUCUGCUGACAUUAUUGUUUUGCCUGUUGCGUUUUGCUGUAUUAGGUUACUGUUAUGCCGCGCAAUGCUGAAGCCGAAACCAGUAGUGUAAUACACUACUGUCCUUCGGCAAGUACUGUAUAAAUUAUAAUCUCUUUUUUAUUAUUAUAAUAACACAAUGCAUCAACAUCCAUGGGUUAUAAAAUAUUGCUGGAUGGUAGCGGUAAUAUGGAUUGGUUAUAUUGGACAAUCCGAAUGUACAUUAAAAGUGCAGUGUUACCUGGCGUCGUGGUCACUCAACAAUAACGCCAACACAUCGUUUCGCAUAUCAGACAUUAAUCCUAACGGAGGAUGCGAUGUUAUUAUCUAUGCAUUUUUUAAACUUGUCGAUAACCGUUUUGAACCACCUGACGGAAAUAAGUUUCGAGGGCAUUUUCAGCAAUUAAGCGAUCUGAAGCUGAAGAAUCCUUAUUUGAAAAUCAUCCUCAGUGUUGGUGGAUGGAGUUUCAGCACAAAUUUUUCUAGUACUGCCGGUAAUGAUUCGUCUCGCGCGGCAUUAGUCGGUUCAGUUGUACGGGACUUAAGGAAAUGGGGGAUGGACGGGCUGGAUGUCGACUGGGAGUUUCCGGAAGAGAAAGAUAGAGAGAGUUAUAUGGCUUUGUUAAAGGAUCUCAGGUAUGCAUUUGAAUCCGACGCCGACGCCACCAAACAGCCGCGGCUGGCAUUAUCCGCUGCUGUAUCCAAUCAAGUGCUGCCCGGUUAUAAUGUCGCCGAGAUGAAAAGAUAUCUCGACAUUGUAAACGUGAUGACAUAUGACUAUCGCGGUUUGUGGGGAAAAGACAAUAUAACCGGUUACAAUGCCGGAAUGCCUGAUGUCGAAGCAUCCAUGAACGCAUGGAUGACAGCCGGCAUCCCAGCACCACAAUUAGCGGUCGGAAUUCCGUUUUAUGCUCGAUCCUGGACCCUCUCCGGUUCAUUUAUACCGGAUUCGGCGGCUGUUGGUCAUCCGGCGAGCGGUCCCGGCCAAGCCGGUAUUCUGUCGAAAGAGCCGGGUAUCCUCGUGUACGCUGAGUACUGUCCUGCCCUCAAUCCCGGCUGGACGGUUCAAGUGAACAGAAGCAACCAAAUUGUACAGGCACGAAAGAACGACCAAUGGAUAAAUUAUGAUGAUUUCGCCACCAUCAAAACUAAGGUAUUAUGGGCUACCGAGCACAAUUUCCACAGUGUAUUCAUAUGGCAUCUCGGACAAGAUGACAUAUAUGGCAGAUGCAAGACUGGGCGUUCUCCAUUACUUACAACGAUCGCCGAAACUAUUAACCCGCCAGCGGUAACCAUCCCGCCGCCGACCACAGUCCCAGCUGAGAUCAUAGUGACCACAACCUCCAAACCUUGGAAACCACGUUCCCGGGCUUCAACAACGAGUCCAUCAACCUCCGCGAUCGUUACACUGGCGACGGUGUCCUUGCUGCUUACCGGCAUGGUCGGUACUGUGGCUGUUCCGCACACGCGACGACCAACAUACACCACCACCAAGACCACUACCGUUCCCACAACGACGACCACCGCGCUAUUGCGAAAGACGUCGACGUACACGACGGCAACAACCACCACGAUACCAAGUACUGUGAGCAGCACGCUGGUAACCAGCCCGUUACCUUUCAGUACCGAGAUUCCAACAGAGAUUGUGACCAUGAUUACCAACAUAACGCAGGCUGUAACCGUUACCAAUGCCACGCAGACGGAUAUCGUGAAUGAAGUAAACAGUUUAGUGACACUUCCGGUGACAGUAUUUGCGCCGGUUACCGAACCAGAAACGACAACAGUGAAUGCUACGGAAAUCACCACAUUACUUCCGAUGGUGGCAAUUACUCAGCCGGAAGAUUAUGAUCGUCCUUAUGAUACCGUUACGGAGCCGUCACCAUUGACAUCAACCAUGUUAACCCCAGCGGAAACUGUGCCAAACUCUACGACGAUCGCUCAUACAAUAAAACCAACUCACGGAGGGGCGGCGCUUCUUAAUAAAAAUAAUAUUAUGGUGUUAGCUUGUAUUCUUGCUGCGAUGUUUUGUAGUUCAUUAUGAUUUUCGGGUAAUUUAUGAUGCGCAGUUAGUGAAAGAUGUCUGUAGCGGUUCAGUUUAUUAUGCCUGUCAGGAACAAUGCUGGAAUUGCUCAUGCUGAACCACCUUUAUUUUUUCUGUGAUGCGAAAUCUUUUAUUAUAAAGUACUUGACGAGG